GAUGGCGGCGGGGUGGCUGAGGAGCGAUUGCAGGCUCUUACGGUGUUUCCCUCAUUCAUUGCGGCAGUGACCGGCGGCGCGGCCUGAGCCAGCUCCGGCGCCUCGGCUGGCACAGGCGGGACAGGGCAAGGCCGGGACGAGCAGGAGAGGAGGAAGAGCCGAGCCCUGUGAGGAAGAAGGCGGGCGCCGCCGGGCGACUGUGAGAGGGCGGGGAGGAGCGGCGGGUCGGUGCUGCCGGCGCGGGCGGAGCGGACAUGGCCACCAUGGAGAAGCUGAUGAAGGCCUUCGAGUCGUUGCGCUCCUUCCAGCAGCAGCAGGGUCCGGCUGCCAUCCCUGAGGAGCAGCUCCAGAGACCAAAGAAAGAACUUUCAACUACCAAGAAAGAUCGAGUAAAUCAUUGCCUAACAAUAUGUGAAAACAUAGUUGCUCAGUCUUUAAGAAAUUCUCCAGAAUUUCAGAAGCUGCUGGGGAUUGCUAUGGAACUCUUUCUGCUCUGCAGUGAGGAUGCGGAAUCUGAUGUCCGGAUGGUUGCUGAUGAAUGCCUUAAUAAAGUUAUUAAAGCUUUGAUGGAUUCCAAUCUUCCUAGGUUACAAUUAGAACUGUAUAAAGAGAUUAAAAAGAAUGGUGCUUCCAGAAGUCUACGUGCUGCACUGUGGAGGUUUGCUGAGCUUGCCCAUCUAGUUCGGCCUCAAAAGUGCAGGCCGUACCUAGUGAACCUGUUGCCCUGUCUAACACGAAUAAGUAAGAGACCCGAGGAGUCGGUACAAGAGACACUGGCUGCAGCAAUACCAAAAAUCAUGGCAGCAUUUGGCAACUUUGCAAAUGACAAUGAGAUUAAGGUCUUAUUGAAGGCUUUCAUAGCUAAUCUUAAAUCCAGUUCCCCUACUAUCCGUCGAACAGCGGCAGGAUCAACAGUGAGCAUCUGUCAGCAUUCACGGAGAACACAGUACUUUUAUGCCUGGUUAUUGAAUGUACUUCUAGGCUUGUUGGUUCCUGUAGAAGAUGAUCAUCCUACUCUUUUAAUCCUGGGUGUUCUACUUACACUAAGGUAUCUCAUACCUUUAUUGCAACAACAAGUAAAGGAUACCAGCCUGAAAGGCAGUUUUGGUGUAACAAGAAAAGAAACAGAGAUUUCGCCUUCACCAGAACAACUCAUACAGGUUUAUGAACUGACUCUGCAUUACACCCAGCAUCAGGACCAUAAUGUUGUGACUGGAGCUUUAGAAUUAUUGCAACAGCUCUUUAGAACGCCACCACCUGAACUUCUUCAUGCCCUGACUGCUUCAGGGGGCAUUGCACAGGUCAGUGUAUCCAAGGAUGAAUGUGCCAGCAGGAGCCGCAGUGGGAGCAUAGUGGAACUUAUAGCUGGAGGGGGGUCUUCAUGCAGCCCUGUUCUUGCAAGAAAGCCUAAAGGUAAAAUACUUCUUGGUGAAGAAGAAGGUUUGGAGGAUGAUCCUGAAACCCGUUCAGAUGUCAGCACUGCAUCGUUUGCAGCUUCUAUGAAGAGUGAGAUAACCAGUGAACUAGCUUCUUCAUCAGGUGUAUCAACAGCUGGGCCAGUAGGGAGUUCAGCUGAUCCUACUGGACAUGAUAUCAUCACUGAGCAGCCACGUUCCCAACAUACAUUGCAGUCAGACUCUGUAGACCUCUCAAGCUGUGAUUUGACAAGUACAGCUACUGAAGGUGAAGAAGAUGAUGUUCUUAGUCGAAGCUCCAGCCAGAUCAGUGCUGUCCAGUCAGAUCCCACUAUGGACCUGAAUGAUGGUACACAAGCUUCCUCACCAGUUAGUGAUAGCUCUCAGACUACUACAGAAGGUCCAGACUCUGCUGUAACCCCUUCGGACAGUUCUGAAAUUGUUUUAGAGGGUGCUGAAGGACAGUAUUCUGGAAUGCAAAUUGGGCAGCUGCAGGAUGAGGAAGAUGAAGCUGCAAAUAUUCUCCAAGAUGAUUCAGCAGAGUCUUUCAGAAAUUCUUCUAUUGCUCUUCAACAGCCUCACCUGUUGAAAACAACAAGCCAUAGUAGGCAGCCUUCGGAUAGCAGCGUAGAUAGAUUUCCAUCAAAAGAAGAUGCAGCAGAUCCUGGUGAUCACGAAAAUAAGCCCUCCAGGGUAAAGGGAGACAUAGGACACUAUACGGAUGGGGAUUAUGCACCUUUAGUGCACUGCGUUAGACUUCUGUCGGCCUCUUUCCUACUUACUGGGGAGAAAGGAGCUUUAGUUCCUGAUAGAGAUGUGAGAGUCAGUGUAAAAGCCUUGGCAGUAAGUUGUGUUGGAGCAGCUGUUGCACUUCACCCUGAGUCUUUCUUCAGCAAGCUGUAUAAAACACCUCUUGAAGCAAUGGGAGAAGAGUAUGAGGAGCAGUAUGUAUCAGAUAUUCUGAACUACAUUGACCACGGAGAUCCCCAGAUCAGAGGAGCCACUGCCAUUCUGUGUGGAACAAUUGUCAACUCUAUUCUAAUUAAAUCUCGCUUUGAUGUGGAAAAAUGGCUAAUAAAUGUCAGAAGCUCAACAGGAAAUCUCUUUUCCUUGGUAGACUGCAUACCUCUGUUACAGAAAACACUGAAAGACGAGUCCUCUGUUACAUGCAAACUGGCUUGUACAGCUGUGAAGCAUUGCAUCAUGAGCCUAUGCAGUAGCAGUUACAGUGAACUAGGUUUACAGUUAAUUGUUGAUCUUCUUACACUGAAGAAUAGCUCCUACUGGCUAGUAAGGACAGAACUUCUGGAAACACUUGCAGAGGUAGAUUUUCGGUUAGUCAGCUUCUUGGAAGGAAGAACUGAGAGCUUGCACAGAGGUGUUCAUCAUUAUACUGGUCUACUAAAACUUCAGGAGAGAGUGCUUAAUGAUGUUGUGAUAUGUCUGCUUGGAGAUGAAGAUCCAAGAGUGAGACAUGUAGCUGCAGCCUCAUUAGUGAGGCUUGUUCCAAAGCUGUUUUAUAACUGCGAUCAAGGGCAGGCUGAUCCAGUUGUGGCAGUAGCAAGAGACCAAAGCAGUGUUUACCUGAAGCUCCUAAUGCAUGAAACACAGCCUCCAUCUCACUUUGCAGUGAGCACCAUCACCAGAACAUAUAGAGGUUACAGCAUGCUGCAAAGUCCGACUGAUGUCACUAUGGAAAAUAAUCUCUCAAGGGUUAUUGCAGCAAUUUCCCAUGCAUUGACAAUAUCCACUACAAGAGCACUUACGUUUGGCUGCUGUGAAGCUUUGUGUCUUCUCUCCACAACAUUUCCGGUCUGCACCUGGAGUAUGGGAUGGCACUGUGGGUAUCCAAGUCCUUCAGAUGAAACUCAAAAGGGCUGCACCAUUGGAAUGGCCGGCAUGGUCCUGUCUCUCCUUUCAUCAGCAUGGUUCCCACUGGACCUCUCUGCACAUCAGGAUGCUUUGAUUUUGACUGGAAACUUGCUUGCAGCAAGUGCUCCCAGGUGCUUAAAGAAUCCCUGGAGUGCUGAAGAUGAUUCAAACCAAGGUGCUGCAAAGCAGGAGGAACCCUGGCCAGCUUUAGCAGAUCGAUCUCUUGUUACCUUAGUAGAACAGCUUUUUUCUCACCUACUGAAAGUCAUUAAUAUCUGUGCACAUGUAAUGGAUGAUGUUGCUCCUGGCCCAGCAGUAAAGGCAGCAUUACCUUCUCUCACGAACCCACCUUCUCUUAGUCCAAUUCGGAGGAAGGGGAAAGAGAGGGAGGCUGUUGAACAGGCCUCUGUGCCAAUGAGCCCUAAAAAGGGUGGUGAAGCAAGUCCAGCUCCUAGGCAAACUGAUGCUGCUGGGCCUGUUCCAACAAGUAAAUCAUCUUCAGUAGGAAGCUUUUAUCAUCUUCCAUCAUAUCUGAAGUUAUAUGAUGUCUUGAAAGCAACCCAUGCUAAUUAUAAGGUUACUUUGGAUCUCCAAAACAGUAAUGAAAAGUUUGGAUGUUUCCUACGGUCUGCCUUGGAUGUUCUGUCUCAAAUCUUGGAACUUGCUACUCUUCAAGACAUUGGAAAGUGUGUCGAAGAAAUUUUGGGAUACCUAAAAUCGUGUUUCAACAGAGAGCCGACAAUGGCAACAGUUUGUGUGCAGCAGUUACUGAAAACAUUGUUCGGGACAAAUCUGGCUUCUCAGUAUGAUGGCUUGUCUUCAAACCCCAGCAAAGCUCAAGGCAAAGCUCAACGCUUAGGUUCUUCUAAUUUGAGACCUGGUCUCUAUCAUUAUUGCUUCAUGGCACCAUACACACAUUUUACACAGGCCCUUGCUGAUGCUAGUCUAAGGAACAUGGUUCAGGCUGAGCAGGAACACGAUGCUUCAGGGUGGUUUGAUGUGUUGCAAAAAGUUUCUACACAACUGAAAACUAGCAUUAGCAGUGCAGCAAAACAUCGUGCUGAUAAGAAUGCUAUUCACAAUCACAUUCGUUUAUUUGAACCCCUUGUCAUAAAAGCAUUGAAACAAUAUACCACAACAACAUCGGUACAGCUGCAGAGACAAGUUCUAGACUUGCUUGCUCAACUGGUUCAGCUACGUGUUAACUACUGUCUUCUGGAUUCAGAUCAGGUGUUUAUUGGAUUUGUCCUAAAGCAGUUUGAAUACAUUGAAGUAGGACAGUUCAGGGAGUCUGAGGCAAUUAUUCCUAAUAUCUUUUUUUUCCUGGUGUUGCUGUCGUAUGAGCGGUAUCAUUCCAAACAGAUAAUCGGAAUUCCUAAGAUCAUUCAGCUGUGUGAUGGUAUUAUGGCCAGUGGAAGGAAAGCUGUUACGCAUGCAAUACCAGCUCUGCAGCCCAUUGUUCAUGAUCUAUUUGUGUUAAGAGGAACAAAUAAAGCUGAUGCUGGAAAAGAGUUGGAAACACAAAAGGAGGUGGUCGUGUCAAUGCUGCUGAGACUUAUACAGUACCAUCAGGUGCUAGAAAUGUUCAUCUUGGUAUUGCAACAGUGUCAUAAAGAGAAUGAAGACAAAUGGAAAAGACUGUCCCGGCAAAUAGCUGACAUUAUUCUCCCAAUGCUUGCAAAACAACAGAUGCAUAUAGACUCUCAUGAUGCUCUGGGAGUAUUGAACACUUUGUUUGAAAUUUUGGCUCCUUCAUCCCUUCGCCCUGUGGACAUGCUUUUAAGGAGUAUGUUCAUUACUCCUAAAACAAUGGCAUCAGUAGGCACUGUCCAACUAUGGAUUUCUGGAAUUUUGGCUAUCCUUAGAGUUCUCAUUUCACAGUCGACAGAAGACAUCGUUCUCUCCCGUAUACAAGAGCUUUCCUUCUCGCCGUAUUUGAUUUCAUGUCAAACAAUCAACAGACUGAGACAUGGAGAAAAUAACAUAUCCGCAUCAGAGGAUCGCACUGAGGUUAAACAGGCUAAAUAUCUGCCUGAAGAGACAUUUUCUAGGUUUUUAUUACAACUGGUUGGCAUUCUACUGGAAGAUAUUGUUACUAAACAAUUGAAAGUGGACAUGAAUGAACAGCAACAUACUUUCUACUGUCAGGAGCUGGGCACACUGCUUAUGUGCUUAAUACAUAUCUUCAAAUCAGGGAUGUUUAGGAGAAUUACAGCUGCAGCCACCAGACUUUUCACAGGAGAUGGAUCUGAUGGUACCUUCUAUACCCUUGAAAGUUUGAGUGACCUUGUGCAGUCCAUGAUUCCCACACAUCCUUCUUUAGUUCUCCUCUGGUGUCAAAUCCUGCUGCUUGUCAAUUAUACCAACUACAACUGGUGGUCAGAAGUGCAUCAAACCCCAAAGAGACACAGUCUUUCUACUACUAAAUUGCUUAGCCCUCAGAUAUCUGGAGACAGUGAUGAAUCUGAUUCAGAAUCUAAACGUGGCAUGUGCAACCGAGAGAUAGUGAGAAGAGGAGCACUCAUUCUUUUCUGUGACUAUGUUUGUCAAAACCUACAUGAUUCAGAACACUUGACCUGGCUUAUUGUGAAUCAUGUUCAAGACUUGAUUAACCUAUCCCAUGAGCCUCCAGUGCAAGACUUUAUUAGUGCUGUUCACAGGAAUUCAGCAGCCAGUGGUCUCUUCAUCCAGGCCAUUCAAUCACGGUGUGAGAAUCUUGCAGCUCCCACAACUCUGAAGAAGACUUUACAGUGCUUAGAGGGAAUACAUCUCAGCCAGUCUGGGGCUGUCUUAACAUUAUAUGUUGAUAAGCUUCUGUGUACUCCAUUCCGUGUGCUUGCCCGCAUGGUUGACACGCUGGCUUGCCGUCGAGUAGAAAUGCUUUUGGCUGCAACUUUACAGAACAGCAUUACUCAGUUACCAGUUGAAGAACUGGAUAGAAUUCAGGAAUACCUUCAAAACAGUGGAUUAGCAACAAGACAUCAAAGGCUUUACUCGCUCUUGGAUAGGUUUCGUCUUAUGGUAGCACCAGGCACAACUAGUCCUUCACCUCUGGUUACCUCACACCCACUAGAUGGAGAAGACCAACCAGCUUUAGAGAAUGUAAUUCUAGACAAAGACUGGUAUGUGUCACUGGUGAGGUCGCAGUGUUGCGUCAAGUCUGACUCGGCACUACUAGAAGGCGCAGAACUGGUAAAUAGGAUUCCUCAGCCUGAUCUGAACUCCUUCAUGACCAGCAAGGAAUUCAACCUAAGCUUGUUGGCACCUUGUUUAAGCGUUGGCAUGAGUGAAAUCUCAAGAGACCAAAAGAGCAGCUUCUUUGAAACAGCUCGGAGGGUAACUCUGGAUCAUGUGUCUACCGCUGUACAAAACCUUCCUGCCAACCACCAGGUUUUUCAACCACUAUUUCCAACUGAGCCAUCGGCCUACUGGAAAAAACUAAGUGAUAUCUUUGGAGAUGAGGUGAUGUAUCAGUCUGUGAUGACACUUUGUCGUGCACUGGCUCAGUAUUUGUUGUUACUCUCAAAACUACCAGCUGGUCUCCGUGUUCCUCCUGACAAAGAGGACGAUAUCCUGAAAUUCGUAGUGAUGUCAGUAGAGGCACUAUCAUGGCGUUUAAUGCGUGACCAGAUUCCAUUAAGUGUAGAUCUUCAAGCUGCUCUGGACUGUUGCUGUCUGACAUUACAGCAGCUUAACCUCUGGAAUUUAUUGGCUUCCGCAGCAAAUGUGACAUAUGCUUGCUCCUUAAUUAAUUGCAUUAGAUUUAUCGUAGAAGCAGUUGCUGUUGAACCUGGCAAUCAACUUCUUAGUCCUGAAAGAAAGAAGAAUACUUCAAAAGGCUUCUUAAGUGAGGGUGAAGUUGAUUCAAAUGCACAGAAAACCAAACACAUUACUGCAGCUUGUGAAAUGGUAGCUGAGAUGGUGGAGUGUUUACAGACUGUCUUGGCACUGGGACACAAAAGAAACAGCAAUAUCCCAGCAUUCCUUACUCCUGUCCUCAAGAACAUCAUCAUCAGUUUAGCAAGGCUGCCUCUAGUGAACAGUUACACAAGAGUACCUCCUUUGGUCUGGAAAUUAGGCUGGUCACCAAAGCCUGCAGGUGACUUUGGCACAGUUUUUCCUGAAAUCCCGGUAGAAUUUCUUCAGGAAAAAGAAAUCUUCAAGGAGUUCAUCUAUCGCAUUAAUACGCUUGGAUGGAUUAGCCGUACUCAGUUUGAAGAGACUUGGGCUACUUUGCUUGGUGUGCUUGUAACUCAGCCUAUAGUGAUGGACCAAGAGGAGAACCAACAGGAGGAAGAUACAGAGAGGACCCAAAUUAAUGUUCUUGCAGUACAAGCCAUAACUUCCUUGGUGCUGAGUGCAAUGACAAUACCUGUUGCAGGCAAUCCAGCAGUUAGCUGUUUGGAACAGCAGCCCCGCAACAAAGCUUUAAAAGCUCUGGACACAAGGUUUGGGAGGAAGCUAAGUGUUAUCAGGGGAAUUGUUGAACAAGAAAUCCAAGCAAUGGUAUCUAAGAGAGAUAAUAUUGCUACACAUCACUUAUACCAAGCUUGGGACCCUGUUCCAUCACUUUCUCCUGCCACUACAGGUGCUCUUAUCAGCCAUGAAAAACUCUUACUGCAGAUCAAUACUGAACGAGAAAUAGGAGAUAUGGAUUAUAAACUGGGACAGGUCUCUAUACACUCCAUAUGGUUAGGAAAUAAUAUCACUCCUUUGAGAGAAGAAGAGUGGGGUGAGGAUGAAGAAGAUGAGAAUGACAUACCUGCUCCUUCCUCACCACCAACUUCUCCUAUUAACACUAGGAAACACCGGGCUGGUGUUGAUAUACAUUCUUGUUCUCAGUUCUUACUUGAACUGUAUAGUCAGUGGAUAUUGCCAUCAAAUCCUAGCAAGAGAACGCCUGUCAUCUUGAUUAGCGAAGUAGUGCGAUCACUUCUGGCAGUAUCAGAUUUAUUUACGGAGAGGAAUCAGUUUGAGAUGAUGUAUACAACAUUGACAGAAUUGCGAAAGGUGCAUCCAUCAGAAGAUGAGAUUCUUGUACAGUAUUUGAUACCAGCCACUUGUAAAGCUGCUGCUGUUCUUGGAAUGGAUAAAGCUGUGGCUGAACCAGUAAGUCGACUGCUGGAAUCAACCCUAAGAAGCACCCAUAUGCCAAGUCGGAUUGGAGCUCUGCAUGGAAUUCUUUAUAUCCUUGAAUGUGACUUGCUUGAUGAGACAGCAAAGCAGCUCAUCCCAAUUAUUAGCGAGUAUCUGCUCUCCAACUUGAGAGGAGUAGCACAUUGUGUGAAUAUCCAUAACCAACAGCACAUCUUGGUAAUGUGUGCAGCUGCUUUCUAUUUGAUUGAGAAUUACCCACUUGACGUAGGGCCUGAAUUCUCUGCAGGAAUUAUACAGAUGUGUGGAGUCAUGGUGUCUGGAAGUGAUGAAUUAACACCAUCCAUUAUUUAUCACUGUGUCCUGAGAGGAUUAGAGCGACUCCUUCUUUCAGAGCAACUUUCUAGGCUGGAUAGCGAAUCACUAGUUAAACUGAGUGUUGACAGAGUGAAUGUGCAGAGCCCCCACAGAGCGAUGGCUGCACUUGGAUUAAUGCUGACUUGCAUGUACACAGGAAAGGAAAAAAUCAGCCCCAGUCGUGCCACAGAUGCAAAUCCUGCUGCUCCUGACAGUGAAUCUGUGAUUGUAGCUAUGGAACGAGUAUCUGUCCUUUUUGAUAGGAUCAGGAAGGGAUUUCCUUUUGAAGCUAGAGUGGUGGCUCGGAUCCUUCCACAGUUCCUUGAUGACUUUUUCCCACCACAAGAUGUAAUGAAUAAAGUUAUUGGAGAAUUUCUAUCAAAUCAGCAGCCUUACCCUCAGUUCAUGGCAACAGUAGUUUAUAAGGUAUUCCAGACACUGCAUAGCACUGGACAGUCUUCAAUGGUCCGUGACUGGGUGAUGCUGUCUCUCUCUAAUUUCACACAGAGAACACCAGUGGCGAUGGCAAUGUGGAGUCUUUCCUGUUUUUUUGUCAGUGCUUCCACUAGUCAAUGGAUUUCAGCAAUUCUUCCACAUAUUAUCAGCAGAAUGGGAAAAUCAGAGCAAGUAGAUGUUAACAUCUUCUGUUUGGUGGCCAUAGACUUCUACCGCCAUCAGAUAGACGAAGAAUUAGAUCGGAGAGCCUUUCAGUCGGUGUUUGAGGUGGUUGCAUCUCCAGGAACCCCAUAUCAUCGCUUGCUAACUUGUUUGCAAAAUGUCCACAAGGUCACAGCAUGUUGA